UCGGUCUUCCCCAGCAAUUUCACGGUCAUGUUCUGAUCUGUACUGACGGCCUUUUUUGCUUUCGUAUGUUUCUCCUGGGCUCAGUGCAUCGACGUCGACUGGGAUGUCAGGAGCAGAUAGUGGGUUGAGGACAUCAAUGUCUCGCAACGUCCGCCGCUACCGAACGUUAACCAAGUGCUACCACUUGCGGAAUCGAAUCAUGUUCUCCAUCGUAGCUGUAGACCUUGCAUACAUUCCAACAGACUCCUCGCGCCUAAACAAACCCCUUCCCGAACCCUGGCAACUCUGACAGGAUCAGGUGAUCUCAAGACGACUCGAACUGACGCCGCCACCGCGUCUCUUUCUCGCUUCACGAUUGUCGACGCGGUCAACACAGGAUUCGAGAAUCGACUCCCAGUCGUUCACCAACCUGUCAUUCCGACAGAUAAGGCUUAUCUCGAAUCAAUGCACACAUCACCGGGGCGGAUCCCCGCCUCCGCAGAGUGCUGCUCGCUCCUACAAUGACUUUGGAGCGCGUCGCUGACGACCUAGCUUCUCUCAUGGACAUUAGGCCCCUUCUAUCCUCGCUCUCGGAGCUCCUCCGCACUCUCAAACGCGUCGGGCUCUUAUCCACACCUCUUCUUUUCCGCCUCUCACCAGGUGGCGGAAACGUAUACCUCCACGACCAGGCGAUCGAAGUCAGCGCCACGGUGUCGCAAAGCGCUUCCCAAACGUUUCUCGGCAUCGGCGGCUCAGGCGCAUGGUGGCCGUACGACCUGUACAACUUCCCCGAGCCCGUCCGCCAGAACCUCUCCGCGCUCCUCUUCUCCCCCGACGGACUGGGCCUGACGAACUACCGAUGGAACGUCGGCAGCGGCGGUGUGGACGUGGACAGCCCGACGCGUGCGAUCGAGACGUUCUACCGUGCCGGUGCUGCGGGGGGCGGGGCGGGGCGCUACGACUGGAGCGCGGACAGGCAGGGGGUGUAUUUCUUGCGCAAGGCCGCGGAGCAUGGCGUGCCGUCCCUGACAGCGUUCGUGAACAGUGCGCCGGCGCCGUUGACGUCGACAGGCGGAAGCUGCGGUGGCGCGUUUGUUAAUGGCACCGGCGCUGAAUUCGCUGCGUUCCUCGCGGAUGUGAUUGUGCACUGGAGAGAAGACGGCAUCCCCAUCAACUUUGUCUCGCCGAUGAACGAGCCGGACAACGACUUUGGGCCCGCUCCGUGCGGCCAAGAGGGUAUGCGGGUUGACGCCAACCAACGAGCCGAGAUGAUCAGCACCUUGUACGACGCACUCGAUGCCCGGGGGCUGGCUGCCUUGGUCGGAAUCAUCGCAGACGAAUCGGCUACCUUGGUGCGCUCUGAGACGGAGUAUCCCAUCUGGCUGCCUCAACUCAUCGACAAAGUCGCAGCUCUUGUCCACCAUACUUAUGACUUCCCAUCGGAUGAAGUGUAUUUGGAGUUUGUCAACCACACCCGGGCCGCCUAUCCAGACAAACCGCUCUGGAUGUCGGAAAUCUGCUGCUCGCUGGGUGAGGCGGAUGGCACGGGUCGAGGAUGGUCUGGAGGGUUUGACCCGACAAUCAAGAACGCUCUGAUGUGGACGACGAUGAUGUUCCAGAGUCUGAUCAUGGCUGAGCAACCCCAAUACGAUUUCUGGACACUCGUUUCUGGAGGGAUCGGCUGUUCCCCGCUCUCCGAUCCUGAAUGCGUGACGACGGGAAAUGCGGAUGGCUGGACGGACGGUCUGAUUUAUUACGAUCCCGACUAUGCAACGAAUGGCAACUACGAGCUCUACCUUACGAAACACUUCUGGACGUAUAAGCACUUUGGGAACUUUGUCAAACCUGGGACACAGCGGCGAUCGAUCGCUGGAGUAAGUGCUAAAUGGGCGCAUCGUGUUCUGGUCGUGUACGAACCCGCGACGUCUGGGUAUUCUGUCCUAGCGAUGAACCCUGGCUCGACAUCCGUGGAUCUCCGAUUGUCCUUCCCGCAUGAUUUGUGCAGCACUGUGGCGUAUCGGACUUCAGCGGAUGAGGACUUUGCUCUGAUCAUGGGCGCAGCUGAGCUGGAUGUCGAAGAUCGUUGGAGCAUGUUGCUGGCCCCUGGCAGUCUGACGACGUUCCGGUUCCAACAUUGCUGACAGUAGCAUGAUAUUUACCACUCCUAGACAUCUUUUCCCUUCAUUCUAUCUUUAUCGGUCAAGGAUUACCAAUGAAUGAUACCAUUAUCAACACUGGAGUGUGCUUGCACAUCGGCCACCCGGCUGUGCUUGGGCAGCAUUCGGACGCCUGCGAAUCACGGCGAUCUUUGUUCGAAGCCCGGACUGGGUGAGUCAUCGAGUGGGGAGCGCGCGUCGAUAAAAAGUCGGUACUCGAGGGGUAGACUGCAUUAAAGCUCCCAGCUUCUACAAAUCUGAGAACCAUGUCUGACACAAUCGAGAAACCCAGCUCAUAUUUCCCACUUGCCAACGCCACCGGAGACGGCUGGACGAAAGACGGGCAGGCGACGGCGACCUGUUUUUGCGGUGCCGUCCAACUUGCCUUCGUAAGCCCAGUCCCUCCACAGACGCGCUUCUCUCGACUAACAACGCAACCUCCACAGCCAACCGAAGGCCCUGGGCUCGUCAACACAUUCGUGUGCAACUGCACCGACUGCCGCAAGAUCACCGCGUCCAUGUUCGCGUCCAACUUCACCGUCGCGGACACGCACCUGACGCACAUCCGCGGCCGCGAGAACCUCACGACGUACGCGCAGGGCCGCACCAUGGCGCGCCAGGGCAACACGAUGACGAACUACUUCUGCGCGACGUGCGGGUCGCUGAUGUACCGCGUCGGGUCGGCGUGGCCGGGGUACAGCAUCCUGCGGAUCGGGACGGUGGAUGACUUUAGCUUGCACGAGACGAAGCUGCGGCCGCAGAUCGAGCAGUUUACGAAGGAUCGGGUGAGCUGGUUGAAAGGUGUUGAUGGGACACAGAAGUUUGAAGGGAUGUCCGAGUAGUCUCCGAUUGAUGUGUUGACAGUCAA